AUGGAGGCUUUGGACUUGGACUUGGACAUGGACUCGGACUCGGACUCGAACUUGGCCGCUGCUCCCACUCCCACUCCCACCAUUUUUGAUGCUACUCGAGAAGACGACGACAAAGACAUUCUCACCACCACCGUCGCAUGCCCCAGCCUCUCCAGCAACCCUCACGCUCAUCCUCACCCGCACAGCGACAGCAUCGACGACCGAAGCCCGAAAGAUUUGCGGCGCUUCUAUCUGACUGCUCCUCGAUCUGCUUCUCGCCUUGGCCAAGGCCCAGGACCUACCGCUCCACAAGCACCUCCACCUCCAUACUCCAACCCCAACCCCAACCCAGAGGCCGGCAUCAUGGCAGAUCGCAAGAGCGCCGGCGACGGCCACUCCAACCGCGGCCCCGGCACCGGCACCGGUCCCGGCAACGGCAGCAUCCGCACCCCCUAUGACUACGAGAUGUCGCCGCUGCACCUCAACGGUGCCCACAACGACCGCCGCAAUGGCCCCGCCGGCAGCUCCGUCGUGCUGGCCGUCUCGAAUGAGCACUGGGUGCGCUGCCUGUGCGUCUUCCUCGUGGUAGUCCUGGUCGUCGCCGUCUUCGGCGCCCUGUGGCUGGCCAUCUGGCGCAACGAGCGCCUGGUAGUCGAUGGUCUUCUUGGUGGCUCGCGCGGCGCCGGCGGUGCUGUGUAG